AUGAGUCAGAAGGAAGCUCCGCGAUAUUCAGUGAACGAUUGGUUCACUCGCUCUUACACUAACUGGACGAACUCCGAGAGGACGAGACUGACGGGCAGAGAUGUUCUCGAAAGUUCCAUUUAUCUGAGGAACGAAACGAACAAUAGAACAAAAUGGGAUCAGACGGAUUCGAACUCGAGGUUGGUCGAUCGAGUUGAAAGACUGAGAACCGUCAAAGACGUUAUACAACAAAAAACUGAAAUGAUAAACGGAGAGAUAGAUCAGCUGAAUGAGAGCAAGGAACUGACGGAAAGAAUGCAAGCCUGGUUCUAUCAAGUGCUUCAAAUCAAUUUGGACAAUUUGGUGUGGAGAGAAGGAAGGAGAGAAAUUGAUCUCGUGGUUGAUGAAGUAGAAGAUGAACUUCAUAAAGAAAGGAUGAUUCUUGACUCCAUCAAGACGAUACUUCAGAACAAGAUCAGUGAAUUGUUUGAACAGUUGGGCAUUAUGAAGGAAACUAGACACAAACUCUCUGGUUACCUGCAAAGAAAGAAUUUAACGCUCGACAUAGAUAUCAACCAGUACAACUUGACUGAAACAUCUCCCGACAUAAGUUUGAAGCCUGAUCCAACCAGAGUUGCUGAGAAUACGUGGAACAUCCAACAAUGGGAGGAAGUCUUUUGUAUGUUGCGAGAACUUGCAACUGCCACUGUGCAUCAGUCAGCCAACAUGCGGAACACCGUUCACAACGUGAGACAUGCAGCUGCAAACGACGUUUACUCACAAAAUCUUCUCGUUCUCUUCGCACUCCGGAAGAGGAUACAUGACUUGAACCUGGCAAUCAAAGAGAGCCAGUUCCAAAAGAAAACACUUGAAGAAGAACUUGCCAAUUUGGAAGCGGAGACUCGUUGCUUGGACGUGACGAUAGCGAGGUCUGUCCAGUCUCUGAAGCUGGCUCACACGCGUCUUGAGAACAGGUUGUACAGGACGGAAGAGGAUUUGUGUAGGGAUGAUGUUCAAUACGGCCUCGACGAUGAAGUCAACCAGCUUGAAACUACACUGGCGUCACUAAAGGACAAGAAAUGUCAGGCACAACAAGCAAUGGACAGUAUAGAAAGGCAGAUGUUCCGAUUGAAGGAGGACUUGGAUAGGAAAAUGCUUGCACUAAGGGUCGACCAGCAAUGCAUGGACUCCAGAAAGAAACUGGACAAGGCAUGCCAUGUGGAAAAAAGCAUGGCUGACAUGGAAAUUUAUAAAUGCAAACUGGAAAACGACGUUUGA